AGCUGUGGCCCGCGGACCCCAGCCCUGCGUCCGCGGCGAUGGCGGCCCGGCGCACGCGGCCCGUGCGGGUGCUGGUGGACAUGGAUGGCGUGCUGGCCGACUUCGAGGCCGGCCUCCUGCGGGGCUUCCGCCGCCGCUUCCCCAGGGAGCCGCACGUGGCGCUGGAAGAGCGCCGCGGCUUCCUCGCCCGCGAGCAGUACCGAGCCCUGCGGCCGGACCUGGCGGACAAAGUGGCCAGUGUGUAUGAAGCCCCAGGCUUUUUCCUAGACUUGGAGCCUAUCCCUGGAGCCCUGGAAGCCCUGCAAGAGAUGAACAGCAUGCAGGACACCGAGGUCAUCUGCACCAGCCCUCUGACGAAGCAUGAGCGCUGCGUGGGGGAGAAGGGGCGGCUGUACUGCUGGGUGGAGAAUCACCUGGGGCCGCAGUUUGUGGAGCGCAUUAUCCUGACGAGGGACAAGACGGUGGUCUCAGGGGACCUGCUCAUUGAUGACCAGGACACCAUUCGAGGCCAAGAGGAGACCCCAAGCUGGGAGCACAUCUUGUUCACCUGCUGCCACAACCAGCACCUCGCCCUGCCCCCCACAAGGAGACGCCUGCUCUCUUGGAGUGACAACUGGAGGGGGAUCAUAGACAGCAAGCGGGGGGCGGGGACGGUGGGUAGUAGCUGGAGGAAGGGAAGGCAGGCCAGCAGGGCUGGAAGACAGGGCAGCAUCAUGGCGGUGACCACCAGCACUGUGGGGCAGGGGGACACGGUAACCUCAGUUCUCACAAGCCGGCCACCUGGAACCCCACAAGACAGCUGGCAAGGAGACACCAUGAGAAAACUGCUCAGGAGCCUUUUGAAUAAAACACUUUGGCUCACCACUCUUUAAAGGCCCUUUAUUUGGGAAGGUAAAGGUACAGGAGCCCGAGGAAGGGCAGCUGGGAUGCGGGCUGAGGAGGCGGCUUUCUGCUCCCUCCUCCUGUCCUUCGUGCCACCCCACACCCACCUGGGCACCAUCCCUCUUGCACCUGCCAUCUUUCAUCUUGGCCAUUUCAGAGGUCAACCUUCAGGGAGUGCAGAAGGGAGGCCAGGAAGCUCCCCAUUGCUCCUGAACCCCAACUUUCCUUGCGCAUCCCACACCGCUACCCCUGUGCUGGUCAGCAUACGCUGUGGACCCUACGCCACAGACUUCUGUUGGUAUCUGGUCCUCUGUCUUCCUCGAGCACCCCUCUUGCCUUCCCGAAGCCUUCCUGAGUCUGAGACUUCCAGGGCUGGGGACUCCCCUUCACUAACCCAACCCUGAUGGCAGAGGAGGAAAGCCAAGGUGCCCAGACUGGGGCCAUGGGGUGGUGAGGGGAGAAUAUGCAGCCUCAAGGGUGUGUGCCUUAUUCCGAUGUGUCCUUACCCCUCAUACUCAUGGUCUUAGCACUUGAUGGCCCCUUACUGCAUCGGAUUGCAUCCCGACAGAGUAGAGACCACAACUUCACCUUUGAAGCCCAUGGUGCCUGUCAGAUAGGCCUGUGUGGAUAAACAGGUGAUCCUGGGCCACAGAAUUCUCUAGGCCACUGUCCAAUACCCAAUGCCCAGCUUGGAGAGCCUGCGGUGUAGGCACCCAGCCUCCGUAGCCCUGGAGUGGGCACGACCAGCUUUCCAGAGCUGGCUUCUCAUUUCUACUCAAGAUUACUCCAGACCCGUUAAAGGAGAAUUCCUCUUCCCUCAAACACAAGCAAUUCUCCUAACCCGAGGCCCAGCGGCUCCUCAUGACCACCCCUCUGUAAGGCCUCUGGCCUAGGGUCCCUUCUCUCUCACACGAGGUUGAGACCCUGGCAUUGGGGGGUGGGGGGCGGGAGGCAGGCCUUGACCUCCAGCUGGUUGAGAAUGCCAACCUAUGGAAAUGGCACUACCUUUGCCCUCCAUGUGCCUCCAUACUGAUCUGAUGCCUCUCAUCACAGUGUAAAAACCUGUCAAACUGAGAGGCGCCUGGGUGGCUCAGUCAGUUGAGCAUCCGGCUUCGGCUCAGAUC